AUGCAAAGUACAAACUAUCAAUCCGACCUGUCUGCGAACAGUUCGGUGUAUGCAUCAGUCUUUGAAUUAGAUCUUGAGACUGUUAUCUUUGUCCGUAACAUUAUCAACUUUGUCAUCACGCCCGUUUUUAGCAUCAUAGGAGUUGUUGGAAACGUCAUCAACUUGGUUGUACUACGUCAAUCCGGCUACAAAGAUACUAAUGUCUUGCUGCUAGAGUCGCUGUCCCUGGCUGAUCUCCUCCUGUCCUUGUUAAAUAUUUUACUGAGGACACGAGAGUUCGUGCAACAGUUUGGAGCCAUCAUUUAUAUCUACAGUUACGGCCCUUUCGUCAUCAUGGCGGUUGUGGUGAACUGCCACCAGACAUUAAUCGCCAUUGAGAGAGUCAUUGCCGUCUGCUUUCCUUUUCACGUGUCAAGGAUCUUCAUCCGGUCACGUGUCAAAGUCGCCAUCUUCUUUAUCUACGUCUUCUGCAUUGGGACAUACUCUCCACUUCCGGUCAUGUUUGAGCCUCUAUGGGUUAACAAUCAGACAUUAGUCGUCAUCGUACCUUCCCAGAUCUUUAUUUCCAAUAUGGCGGGAAUUAUCUUUUACCUCACGACAGUAGCAGCAAAUAUAUACGCCAUCAUGUUACCAGCUAUCGUCAUCACUUGUAGUUUCAUUGUUGGAGUCAAACUGUUGAUAAGAGAACUACAUUUGUCAUCCCAUUGCUCGCAAAGACGCUCCAAAGACCUGAGCGCCAUGAAGAUGAUUCUCUCCGUAAGUUUUUUAGUUUUAUUCAUCAGCGCAACGUCAGGUGGAAUGAACUAUUUUUUUCAAGUGUAUGAACUCACCGAAGGACCGCUCUACGACUUUCUGAAGGAUCUACUUACUUUUAUUAAUCAGCUCAACACGUCAUUCAAUUUUUUCUUCUAUGUCACCAUGAGCAAGAAGUUCUUGAAAACGUAUCGAAGGUUUUUUGCUUUUGUUUCGACUAGGACAGUGUUUCCCAAACUUUGUUCCGCGGAACGCUAG